AGAGGGGCGUGUGUUGUCAGCUUCAAGUAUCGUGCGGGUAUCGUGCAUUCCGGGACAGGCAUAUAAAGUCUUCGGAUCCAACAUUGAGAGUAGAGAAAAAAGUUUGCAAACGCUAAGAACUGUUAUCACCGCUGACCCAAAGACGAAACCGCACAGAAAAAAAUGCCAGGUGAGCGACUGACUGUGCGAGGCGACUCGGAGGUGGGGCGUUUCCCUGGAGCAGCCCCGCCCACCCGGGUGGAGCUGACCAUUCACAAGGAGGAUGAGAAGAAACAGGAAGAAGGAGCCUGUCGCCGCUGGUUCAGGAAGAUGUGCCCAUGCUGCUGUAAACGCCAGAACAGUACCUCUUAUGAUGUGACAGAUAAGGUGGAAGUCAUAAAACCCUCAACUCCAGCUCCAGCCCCAGCCCCGACCCCAGCCCCAGCCCCGGAACCUGAAAAACCAAAACCAGAGAAAGAAGAAUUGAAGGAAAUGGAAGAAUUGAAGUUGUCGGUACGUUCUGUGGACCUGCUGAGCUCCAAAACUGGUCAGAACCGACUGGAACACCACACUGAACUGUACCAUGGAGACGAGCUGAUCAUCCGCCGAGGACAGACCUUCCAGAUGGAGAUGGAGCUGAACAGACCCUUCAGUUCUGACACCGACAAGAUGCACCUGGACCUGAAAACAGGUCCCCUGCCGAUGGUGUCUAAAGGCACCCAUGUCAUCAUUCCACUGGUGGAUCACCUGGAGGAUGAACGCUGGGAGGCCAAAAUCGUGGAGCAGAAUGACAACAAGAUCAAGUUGUCCGUCAACUCUCCCGCCGGCGCCGUCAUAGGCCUGUACGGGCUCAGUGUGACGACCCGCUCUCUAAAGGGUGAUGCCACGACCACUUACAAGUCUCCUGCGAACAUCGUUUUGCUCUUCAACCCCUGGUGUGAAGAGGACACAGUGUUUAUGGAUGAUGAAGAGGAGAGGAAGGAGUACGUCCUGAACGACACCGGGAGGAUUUACUAUGGAACAGAGAAGCAAAUUGGUGCUCGCACAUGGAAUUUUGGGCAGUUCCAUGAGGGGAUCCUGGAAGCAUGUCUGUUCCUCCUGGAGAAGAGUGACAUGCCACCGUCUGGUCGAGGGGAUCCCAUUAAUGUGGUCAGAGUCCUGUCCGCCAUGAUAAAUGCUCAGGAUGAUUUCGGAGUCCUGGUUGGAAACUGGUCGGGGGACUAUUCCGACGGAGUGUCUCCUGCUGCGUGGAGCAGCAGCGUGGAAAUCCUGAGGAAAUACCACGCCUCCGACGGAACGCCCGUCUCAUAUGGGCAGUGCUGGGUGUUCUCCGGGGUCACUACAACAGUGCUUCGCUGUUUGGGUAUACCGGCCCGCAGUGUUACCAACUUCCAAUCCGCUCACGAUACAGAUGUGUCCCUCACUACAGAUGUCUAUUUCGAUGAGAAUAUGGACCCGCUCGACUACCUCAACAGUGACUCAGUCUGGAACUUCCAUGUAUGGAACGAUUGCUGGAUGGCCAGGCCCGACCUGCCCCCCGGUAACGGGGGCUGGCAGGCGGUUGACUCCACCCCCCAGGAGACGAGCCAGGGCAUCUUCCGCUGCGGACCGGCCUCGAUCAACGCCAUCCGCUCAGGCCAGGUCUACCUCAAACAUGACACGCCUUUUGUCUUCGCUGAGGUCAACAGUGAUAAGAUCUACUGGCAGAGGAACUUGGAUGGUACCUUCAGUAAGAUCCACAGUGAGAAGAAAGCUGUUGGCCACUGCAUCAGUACUAAAGCAGUGGGCUCUGAAGAACGGGCCGACAUCACACACCUGUACAAACACCCAGAAGGUUCGGAAGAGGAGCGCAUCUCUGUGGAGACUGCCAGUCGCUAUGGCAGCAAACCAGAAGUCUACUCCAUGGCCAGAGCAGAGGAUGUGUGUGUGGAGGUGAGGAUGGAGGGUGAGGGGCCCAAGAUGGGUGCCGACGCCAAGCUAAGCAUCGUGUUGAAGAACCUGAGCUCGGAGCCUCGUCGGACUGUGCUGCAUAGUCAGGUGGCUGUUAUGUACUACACUGGGGUCCUGAGGGGCGCCAUUAAGAAGGAGGAGAUGCCUGUGGAGCUGCUGCCUGAGGAAGAGAAGAUCAUCGACUGGGUGUUGCCCUACCAACAGUACCAAAACCAGCUGGUGGAUCAGGCAGCGCUGAUGCUGACCCUGUCUGGAAGAGUCACUGAAACCCAGCAGGUCUUAGCCAACCAGACGACCUUCAGGCUCCGCACACCUGACCUCAACAUCAUGCCGUUGGGAGAAGCCGUGGUGGGAAAGGAGAUGGCAGCGAAGAUCACCUUCACCAACCCGCUGCCUCGGACACUGAAGGGAGUGAUCUUCAGAGUGGAAGGUCUGGGUCUCCAGAAGGGCCAUGAAGUGGUCGUGGGUGAUGUCGGCGGUCACUCCACGGUGACAUUGACGGAGCACUUCGUCCCCACCCAACCCGGACCCAGGAAACUGGUGGCAUCUCUGGACUGUAAACAGCUCACACAAGUGCACGGAGUGGCCGAUAUCGUCGUUCUUGAACAAUGAGAAUCAGAAGUCGAGUUUGCUUAGCGCUACUUUUUCUCAUGCAAAUUCUCAAGAUAUAGAUAUAAAGUAAGCGCCUUUAAUUAUAUUAAAAGUGAAGUUUCUGUAUCUUAAAUUAUCUUAUAUUUUGUACGGCAGCACAUUUAAAUUUUUUUCUAUUUUCAAACUAUGAAUAGACAAUUAACAACUGUAGCAUUAUCAGUAUUAUUUUUUAACUUGAAGUAAUAUAAAUCCAUUAUGGUGCCUUGCUUUUUAAAUGUCAAAAUGACAGCGAGGACAUUUGCAUAGGAUUUUGACGCAUGCAUUAAAGUGCAUUAAUUAACAAGCAUUUUUAUUUUUGGAAAUGUACCACUUACAUUUUGCUCAAAUACUGUUGAUUUUUCUGAAACUAGCAUUUGUCAACACUGAACAAUACAGAAGAUGAUUAGGGCCACUG